AAUAUUUUCUCACCACUGGUGAGUAUUUAAUGCCGGUUUGUUGACUCUACAGUGGAUACAUAAACUCCUGUUUGAACGCACGUGCAUCUUGUGAAACACACCGUUGAAACGCAAAACUUUGGAUUACCAGCUACCUUUUAACCAUUGUCUGGAAAAAAAUGUUGAACUACGCUUGGAUUCUCGUGUUGACUGUUCCACUGCUACUUAGCCUAACGUCGGCGCUUGGUCAUAGGAAUAGUCCACCUCACAUUCAUAACAAACCUGGUUAUCAAACUAUAAUGCCGCCUCAUAGGUUACGACGUGUGGCAUCAGAUGCUCGUUCAUCAGUUCUUCGUGUACUACAGCCUCCUCAGCUAGUCACUAGACCAUCAGAGCCUGCUCCAAAUUUUAGGCAUCAAGGCCCCAUUAAACGUGGAGGUCCCCCUUACCUGUUGAUCCAAUCUAUGUCAGCAAAUAAAAAGCCAAGAAGUAGUAGGCGUCUCGUUCUUACUUUGCCUAAGGAUAAUAUCCAAAUCCUAAAUGCCGAGACAAUGCCAGAAAGGGGUUCACAGCUGUUGCCUACUUCGCUAACACUUUCACUUAGAGACCCAGAUUCGGAAGAAAGACCCAAAGGUACACUUCGCUUCGGCACAACGCGAUCCUAUGCUUCACAGAUACCAAGUCCACCUCGUCAAGCUUCCAGAUUUCAUUACGGAUUUGUACCAAUGACACAGUCGGACAGUGAAGAAGAGGACGGAGGUGGUCGGAAACCAGGUCGCUGGAACAAAGGAGAAGUGUCCUACGAACUCGAUGAUCUCGUGGGUUCCUCUGGGGGUCAUGUGACCGUGAUCAAGGCUCAUUCAGCUGCGUCACCUAAAAUAGUUUCCGCCAGAAAAGUCAACGGAGGAUCAUCUUUCAAAGCAAUGAAAGCUAUAAUAAUAGAACCUAAGGAACUUGAAGCUAAAAGAAUUCGCGUGGUAGAAGCAAGUACAGAGAAAGUAAGUCCGAUGAAAGCAAGACUAGUGAGUGCCCCUGAGCCAAUGAUUGCAACUGCAAUCAAAGCUAAACCCCAGCCAGUGUCGUAUAAAAAAGCCAUUGUUUCCAAAAGUAAAGGAGAAGACUGGGCAGCUUCCAAUAUCCAUUACAUCAAAAGUGAACCACCGCAAGAUGCCGCACAGAGACUGCAAGAGGAAGAUAUGCCUCCAAUGGAACUCCAGUGUGGUGGUACAAAUGAUCUCGGCUGGUGUGAUUUGGGCUCAAAUUACCCAAGUUCUGAAGUAUCCCAGAUAAUGGAAGUUUGUGAAGAACUCGUGAGUCGUAUGUUUGUUGAAGUUCCGGAAGAUUUAGGAAUAAUGGAAGACAUUGCUUCUUAUUCUCUCUCCAGGAACAUUAGUGACCAAGUUCCAAGACCUUACUGGCAGUGGAAGGAAACUCCAACGCAUUUUAAAAAGCCUUUGUGUGAGGUAGAGAGAAAUUUAAUAAGACCAAGUUUUGCUCAGGAUAUUAGAGGGAAAUGGCAUGUCAUCAUUCAGACUGAAGCAUUUCCUCAAAGGAUAGCGCUUGAAGUAUGCAGGAAACCUGGAGAUCCUUGCAGGUCAAGUGAGAUGUGCAGCUCAAAUCAAUCUAUGUGCGUACAGAAAUACAGCCAUCAUCAACUUAUUAGUUUUGAUCCAGAAAGCGCAGAAACAUGCCCUUACGUACGGCUUUACAAAUUUCCUACGUCAUGUGUCUGCAGAACAGCACGAUGAAUGGGUUUCACUAAUGCUAAUUAUCGAGCAGCAUAUCUAAGACAAACGCAAAUUCUAGGAAAUACAGUUCAUUCUUGAUAUUUUCAAGUCAAUGACUAGUCACUUGAGUAACUUAAAACCUUAAUUUGUUCAUAGUUUCAUUUUUGCUGUUAAAUGAUUGAUGUAUUAGAUAAAUUAUAUCGCAGAGGCUAUGCUCAAAAUUAAAUUGUAACUCGCUUCUUCCUUUCAGUUAGGAAAGAAAGAAACUUGAAUCAUUAAGAAAGCUUUAACUUAUACUGCUAAACGGAGUUUUUUUAAAUAUAUGUCGUUGAUCGACAUUUGUCACAAUGAGUACAGCAAUAGAUUAUAAUAAAGAAAGUAUGCUACUGCUAUAGUUAUAGUUAGCGUUCUUAGGAAAGCGUUUCUGUAAAAGAAAAAUUGCGAAACGUAAGAUGAUGACCGGUGUCUAUUGAACUAAUUUUAACAUUUAUUUAAUGUUUCAUGAAAUACCUUGUACAAAGUAAAUAUUAAUAUUUUAAUAUGCGUCAUUAUAUUGGCAUAGCGGGCUAUGCAUUUCCAUGAACAUUUAUGCUCGUAAAUAUUUUCAUGCAUUUUGCUGCGUCGGCGUAUCCGUAAAAAAAGUGCACAUAAUUUAGUGCUCGCAUCUUAGAAUUUUUCUCUAUCUUGAAAAAUUCCUUAAAUUUCAUAAAAAUUUGCACAAGAAAACUUUUUACUUUUUCGCUAUCCAAGAAAGUAGUUCCUGUUUGAGAAAUAUGACACAACGUUUUUUCUCCCAUUUUGUUUGUUUGUUUUGUUUUGGAACCUUAAUAGAGAUUCACAAUUGAUGCCAAAGAUUUGAAUAUUUUUAUUUUCAGCAUCUGUUUCAUAAAUAUACGGUAGUAAUUUAUUCAUUUAAAAGAAAUACAUAUGGUUAAAUCACGUGCAUGUAUUGUAAUUUAUUUCAGUUACGUGAAUAAGUGAAGUAUGCGCUUUCAUAUUCCUAUGGCAAGAUUUAUGGGAAACGAGCUUGCUAAACUGUAUUAAAAUUUUUAUACUUUAUUACACAAAAUGCAGUUUAUAUGUUUUCUAUCUCUGUGUGUAGGUAACUCUAUUAUAGUGAAAAAUUUAAAUAAAGAUUUUGUUCUCUUGUAUUCGUAUUAUUUGUUUAUGCACAAAUAAAGAAGUAAGCUUUAAACCUAG